AUGUAUUGGACAUUAACUACAUUUGGAGUUAAAACAACUAACGAUUUUUAUGUGUGUGAGAUCGAUUUAUUUUUUAAAAGUAUCGCGAUCUCUGUUAAAAAACUAAGUCCAGCAUUGAUAAAUGAAGCAAAAAUGAAGUCGCUUCAAAUGGUCUUCGAAUUAGAAACACGCAAUACGAGUACAUUCGUUAAUUUACCACAAUAUUCACCGGCGCCAAGUACAAGUUUCCCAUCACAGUCAUUGGAAAGUGUGGACGUUAAUAAUGAUUAUGGAAAUGAAAACGAAGUCAAUCCCCAUGAGCCUAAUUACAUACAAUUAUAG